CUCAUGCGGAAGAAAUUUCUGAAAUUUUUUCUCUGUGUGUUUUCUUUUUGUUUUUCAUAAUAAUCAAAACUUUGAUAUGAAAUGUUAAAGGUUACGUUUAAUGUAAAUUGUUAAGUUUUCUUAAGAUGAAAGUCAUCAGUAUAUAAUAAAAUGACUCGGCCAGUAAACGAAAUUUAUUGCUAUUUUAUAUUUAGUGUUUUUUGGAUCCUUCUUUAUGCACAAAAAAAUGUUACAGAAGAACAUGUGCAAACAAAAAUGAAAACCUACUGUACUACACCAGAAGGUGUAAAAGGAUUUUGUAUGCCUUUAUCAAAUUGUUCAAAUUUAGUUGGGUUAACAAAUAAGACAGAGGCUAGAAAACAUUUAAAAAAAUCUAAAUGCGGACCUAGAAAAGACGAUCCAGAUAAUCCUAAAGUUUGCUGUGGCACUCAUAACUAUCUUGCAGAUGUUUUUCCAAAAAUUUGCGGUGAACAAAAUAUUACAAUAAGAGGUAGGAUAUUGGGAGGCAAAGUAGCACGUCUAGGCGAAUUUCCAUGGUUAGCAAGAUUAAUACAUAAGAGAAACGGUUUUAAAAAAGCUGGAUGUGCAGGAUUUUUAAUAACUUCCAAAUUUAUAGUAACCGCAGCUCAUUGUUUGGAAUCAGAUAUGAUUCAAUAUUUAGGACCACUAUAUGAAGUUGUUUUAGGCGAACAUAAUACUCAAACAGAAAUCGAUUGCGAAUCCAAAAAUAAAACUUGUGCACCAAAAAAUCAAGUAAUUAGAGUAAAGAAAACAAUAUCUCAUUCUAUGUAUGAUGAAAAAUCAAAACAACAUCAUCAUGACAUUGCUUUGAUUCAACUGAAAAAAUCUGCAAAAUUUACUUCUCAUGUCGCUCCUAUAUGCGUGCUUGAGAAAGUAGAAUUUAAACCGUACGAAUAUUGGAUAAGUGGUUGGGGCCUUACUAAUGAUUCCAAUCCCAAUUCUCAAAGCAGUGUAAAAUUAAAAGUUUCAAUUCCACCUUUUUCUCAUUUAAACUGUUCAGAGAAAUACAAAAGCAUAGAUAUGAAUAUAACCGAUAUGCAGCUUUGUGCGGGUGGAAUAAAGGGUAAAGAUAGUUGUUCUGGAGAUUCUGGAGGACCACUGAUGUUGGUCAAAAACCGAAACCAUUGGUUUGCUGCCGGAGUUGUGAGUUAUGGUUUGGGAUGUGGCAAGGAAAAUUGGCCAGGAAUUUAUACUAACAUCACCAGUUAUACUAAUUGGAUCAGAAAAACAAUUUGGCAGAAUGAACACAAAAAGAAAAAGAGCAAAAUUAUGCAUUGACCAAAGAAAUAACCACUAUUUAAUACUUUUUAAUAAAUUAACCAAAUAAGUCUUAUAACGAAAUUGUUAAGUUUAAAGAGUUAAAUAAAAUUGUGAAAUUCAGGCUGCACUUCA